AUGGUGUCAACCCGGCUGGUUCGUUGGCUUGCGCUGUGCCAGUUGGCGGUCAGCAGAGAGGUGAUUCCGGAUCCAUGCGGCGAGAGCUGCGUCAGUCGCCCAGAUGCAGGUGACACUUCCUUGUUGCAGACAGCGAAAGCCUCUGGCGAGCCCAUCUCUUCGAAAGAGUUUGCGGAGAAGAUGCAGUGCGAUGCACAGGAGAAUUCCUUCUCUAUCAACGGAGGUGACUGGACUUUCGUCUUGGGCAAUUUCCAAAGCCCUGGUAUCCUUUGGGAGGACCUUCUGGUGAGUUGGGAGAAGGGAGGUUCGAACAAGGAGUACUUUGGCAUCGAUUACACGUUCAUGUCGCAGACUUAUAGCUUCACGGACUACCUGACUGUCUCCUCUUCUCUGGGCGUGACGCGUUUUCCCAUGACGCUCUGGGCCUCGCAAGUCAUCAAGCUAAUUCUGCCGUUGCCCUUUCCCACUGGUUGCAACCGUUUCUGGAAGGAGCAGGACUUCAGCGGCCUCUACAUCUCGCCGCCAUGGUCGCUGGAGGAAUUGAAAAGCCCGGGCUUUGACGACGCAGGCUGGCCGCGAUCCACGUACCCCAAUGAUCUCAUUGUUGACAGCUUGACCUUCUACAUCACUGUCCAGCCAUUUCUGAAGGUUCUACCAGGUGACAGCCCGGAUGCCCCGCCGACCAUGGAGGUGCGGUUGCAACUCUUUCUGGAGCUCCGCCCCGUCUUCCGUACGCCCGGGCCGAAGCCAACCACGACAACCACGACAACGAAGCCAUAUGACCGCCGACGCCGUGAUUAUUUCACUCGGGUGCCGAGUGAGGUCGAGAGGUGGUGCCGAAAAUAUCUCCGCCGAGUUGCUCACGGUAUCGUGCUCAGAGUCCUCGUCAAUCCAUUGUGGACUUGCGUCGAUCCUCCGGGCUUAUUCAGCAGCAUCAGGUAUCAAUUUUUUCCGGCUUAUCCAGGCGAGCUCAGCGAGCCUUAG